AAUGUCCGCUCCGUUGAUUCAUACAAUUUAUCAAUAUAAAAAAUUUUGCGUUCCAGAGUGGAGAUUUUACAAGUAUUCUUAUGGGAUAAUGUCCACAAGACAAAAAUCGAAUAUUCAGCGCAAAACAAGAUCUUCAAUCAAAUUCUGUGGAGAGAAAUUGGACUGCAGAAUCGAGAACGCGACAGCUGAUUAUUUUUGUUCUAAUUGCAAUACCUUCCAGUGUAAACAAUGCACAAAAUUUCUUCACAAAGAUGAAACUAAAGCUUUUCAUGACCGUAACCCUGCUCCCCUUCCCCAACAACAUGAAUUAUGUCAAAAUGGUUGCGAUGAUCGAAACUACGCUGACGUAACUUGCGAAAUCUGUAAGAAAAAUUUCUGUUUCGCUUGUUUUAAACAACUGCAUAGCACUAAUUCAACAAAGAAGCAUAAGACGAAAACAUUUACCCCAACUGAUUUAUUAUUAUCACCCGAGGAACAGCGUAUCAAGCCCAGAUGCGACGAUGAAAAAAAUAUCUUAGAUGACCCCUAUUUUUCUUUGUCCUCUCCCGAACCUUUCGAGCAAGCCAUAAUGGAAUUACCCGACAUUGCCAAUACUAUGAAAGCAAAUAUGAAUCUUGUGUCAUAUGACACAUCUUCAACCCCGAAACGGACAUUCUCUGUUGAUGACGAUACCGUUGAUUUUCAAGACUCUAUUAAGAGCUUCAUGUUAAUCGACAAUAAUGAAAAGCUUCUGGUGAAGAAUACCGAGGAAUUUUGUAAACAUUUAGGUUGUGAGGAGGAGAAUCAGUUUAAAGUUGUUUCUAUAUUUGGUAACACGGGCGACGGGAAAAGCUACACAUUAAACCAUACUUUUUGUGGCGGAAGAGAAGUAUUUCAAACAAGCUCCAAUCCAGAUUCGUGUACCAUUGGGGUCUGGGCAGCAUAUGACCCACUGAACGGCGCUCUGUUGAUUGAUACUGAAGGCCUACUUGGUAUCUCUGAAAACUCCAAUCAAAGAACUCGUUUACUCCUUAAAGUUCUGGCCAUCUCAGAUGUUAUUAUCUAUCGGACAAGAGCCGAACGUUUGCAUACUGAUCUCUUUAAGUUCCUGGCUGAUGCUAGUUCCGCCUAUGAGAAACAUUUCAGCGAGGAAUUGAAAGCCCUCCAAAGGCGCUGCAGCUUAGAAGAUAUGGAAAUUUCUAAUUUGGGACCGGCUGUCAUUAUAUUUCAUGAAACUCGCGACACAGAUGUAAUAGGAAAAAGUUCAAUGGCAUGUAACACUUCAUCUUCAAUAAUAAAAAAACGCUUCGCAAAGUUAGAUUUAAGAGUUGAUGCUUUUCGGGCAAUUGACUAUGUUGGAACUAGGACGAUAACUCCUCCCACUGAAUUCCAAUUUCUUCGUCACGCUGUUAUAACGAGAUUGAAAGACGAUUCAGUAAGGUCAAAACGACGACCUGCAGUCAUACUACAAGCUCUGAAGACGUUGAAUGAGAAAUUUAGCGGAAAGAUUGAAAAACUACUGCCAAGUUCCUUCCCUGACGAAUAUUUUACUUGUACCGCAACAUGCCUUUCAUGCAAUUUCCGUUGUACUCAGACCGUUAAUCACUCGAACAUUCCACAUUCAUGUAAUAAGAGAUGCAUCUUUCAGUCCCAAUUCGAUAAUAAAAUGUUCUACUGCAAACACUGCUACGACUGCGGAGAUAAUCGUUUGGUGGUACCUAAAACUUCUGGUUCACAGGAUAGUUCGUGGGUUGGUUUGGCUAAAUUUGCUUGGUCCGGUUAUGUUUUGGAGUGUAAUAAGUGUGGGGUAAUUUAUCGCUCGAGGCAAUUCUGGUACGGUAAUGAAGAUCCUGACAAAUCGGCAGUUCGAACUGUUAUACAACAUGUAUGGCCUGACGGCAAUAGAAUACUCGGUUCGUCGCAUAAUGCUGCCCAAAAGCUAUUAGACGGUCUAAGCUACGUGUCGGAAGGAAUUGCUAACUUAUCAGCUAAGCCAGCUAAAGCAGUGUCCAACCUCGUUAAUGACCAAAUAGCUCCUGCAUAUUGGAUACCAAAUUCAAAAAUAAAGUCCUGUUCAAACUGUGGAGUAAUUUUUGGUGGUAGGGAAAGCAUACACCAUUGUAGAGCUUGUGGUAAAGGAUUCUGCGACGAUUGUUCCUCUUACAGACGAGCUGUACCAGAGCGUGGAUGGGGCCAAGAACCUGUUAGGGUUUGUAAAGACUGCAGCUCUCCUGACUCAAAGAAAUUAGGUACGUUCAAUCAAGAUGAAAAACAAUCGUUCGGAGCAACUGACCACCCUUACGUUUUCUCCGUAGCAUCAACUGUCGAUCCGCGAGAUGUGAGGGCCAGGAAACUUGGAGAGGCUAUUUCUUCUACCUUAGGAGUAGUCGCUUCAGCAAUGGAGUAUCCAAAGGAUGUCGUUAAAGAUUCUGCGAGACCUUCUUAUUGGACUCCCGAUGCCGACUGCAAAGGUUGCAUCAUUUGCAAUAAUAUUUUUAAUUUGAAGAAUCCUAUUCAUCAUUGCCGUUCAUGCGGUGAAGGAGUCUGCGAAAAUUGUUCGAAAGAUAGAUUGCCUGUUCCAGAAAGAGGAUGGGAUAGUCCCGUAAGAGUGUGCACAAGAUGUGCUUGUACUAUUGCAAAUUCCGACUGUGAUGGCUUGUAA